CCGGAAGUGCUCCGCGGCAUUGUACGAGCUCUCGGCGCCUGUCGCUCCGUAUUUAAUGUUAACUAAAUAAAGUCCGAGACUGGAAUUUUAUCUCUUCCUAAUAAAAUAAACCGGUUUAAAUAGCCCGGGUUUGGAGGAGACAGGAUUGCACAGCGGUGUGUUCGGAUAUGAUGCAGUAAACGCGCUUAUUUUGUCAGUUAAGUACUUUUGUGUGGACUUUUCUCCGCUGUUGCUGUUGCUAUGCUAAGCUCUAUAAAAAUAAUCCCAGCGCCUUCAGCUCGCGCCGCCAUCUUCACCCUGUAGACUGCAGCCUUCAGAUAAUAUCUUCCUCUCACUGCAAGGAGACCGAGCUUUAGACAUUUAGUUUCGGGUCUUCGUGUGUGUGUGUGUGUGUGUGUGUGUGUGUGUGUGUGUGUGUGUGUGUGUGUGUGUAAACUGUACAGCGGCUGAGGGAUUAGCGCAGCCCUGUAACUGACAGAGUGAAUCGGACCCGGAAGCUGGUGUCGGUUCCGUUCUCGGUUCCUGUCUCAGCCCCGGUGUGUGUGUGUGUGUGUGUGUGUGAUGAUGAACGGGUUCAGCACGGAAGAAGAGAGCCCUGAGGGCCCGGGCCUGACCCCGCUGUUCCCUCAGAGCUGCUGCUGUCUGCUGGAUGGAGGAGAGCGCUGCGGCCGGCCCGCCGGAAACGCCUCGUUCAGUAAGAGGAUCCAGAAGAGUAUCUCUCAGAAAAAACUCAAACUGGACAUCGACAAGAGCGUCAGACACCUGUAUAUCUGUGACUUCCACAAAAACUACAUCCAGAGUGUGCGUAACAGGCGGAAGAGGAAAACCAGCGAUGAUGGAGGAGAGUCUCCUGACCAUGAUGUGGAAGUUCCAGAGGUGGAUCUAUUUCAGUUGCAGGUGAACACACUGCGCCGUUAUAAACGACAUUACAAAAUCCAAACCAGACCGGGACUCAACAAAGCCCAACUGGCAGAGACGGUGAGUCGUCACUUCCGGAACAUUCCGGUGAACGAGAAGGAAACGCUCACGUACUUUAUUUAUAUGGUGAAGAGCAGUAAGAGCCGACUGGACCAGAAAUCAGAGGGAAGUAAACAGCUGGAGUAACACACCGCCCCUCUUCAGCAGACACACACACACACACACACACACCUCUGCUGAUCUACUUAAUGACUGCUCACACUUUAGCAGACUUCAAUGUGAAUAUUGAUCUGUUUCUACAAACACACUAUCAGUCUUGAGAUCAGCGCUGUGGGCGGAGCUUGUCUGUCUGUCCGCCCAUCUAAUUUUAAUGACCCUGAAGUGCUUUUUGGUUCCUCAUGUCAACUGUUAUUCUCUGGUUUCUGUGCCAAAACUGCUAACGAUCACAGGAUGAGUCUGAGCCGAGUGCAGCGUGUGACACGUCCCGUUAGCUGCUCAUUAACGUUAAUAACACUUCACUAGAACACUGAGCACCACUCACGGUUCACAUGGAAUGAUUAGCCAUCCGGUUUCUCCCAGCGCCCUGACUGAGUACAGAGUGUCUGCUUCUGAUCCUCCACCAUUUUUCUUUAUCCCUAAUAUUUUCUUUCUGGAUGCUGGAAGCUUCCUCACGCCGAUAACUCGCUUAUGUUUUAUCUCCAUCUAUGAUACUGUUGCAGUGUUGUAUUUUAAAACGAACAUGUCUUCUGUAUCUCUUCUCACUGGACAGCGGUUUGACCCUGAAUGGACUUGUCUCAGGGGCGGGGCUACAGUUUUGUGUUUUUAAAUUUGAAAAUAAACACAUGCUACUUUAAAUCUGUCUAAAAUAAUGAUCUGUGUAACACCGCUGUUGUUGUUACACCACUUCAUCUGAAAAUCUUCCCCAUUUUACAUGUUGCAUUAAAUUGUAAGACUUUA